UACAAACAAACUACAUAAGGAUUUUCACAAAGUUUAAACAAAAAUACUGUUUUAUGCGCGAAUUUAUUUAAACACACAGCUAUUAUGCUACAUUGAUUUGGAGAGGGUGAUUUUAGAAGAAAUCGUUGAAAUUAUUAAAUACCUUGUAUUAUUACUCUUUGAUUUUCACUGUCACAAGUUUUAGUAGAUCGUUGAAGAUUAUUUGAAUCGUUGAACAUUAAAUUGUAAGAUUUACAAAAAGUACUUUGACGGUUCCGUGGUGUAGAUAUAUUGUGGAUGAUUUACAAAUCAGUAACAUUACCGCCGCUUCCUAUACACGGAGAGCGCAGCCUACUUAGGGCACUACCCAGAGGGCACCAGGACGAUUCCUAUCGUGGGUGAUUACCACUUAAAAUGAAGAUAUUUAAUAAUCUUCUAGAGUCAAAAUAAUAUUUAAUAAUCUGUGCGUAAUUACAAUUGAGAAAUGUUUUUGUCAAGUGCUUGCUUACAACAAACUCUUACUGACCCCGUUGUUCCAAUAAGCCCAAAAAUCUUUGAACCACAUAAAAAUAAUUUAAAAAAUACCUGAAUUCAUUGUGCUCAGAAUACAUCCGUUAAUUCCAAAGUUUUACUCAUUUACUUUCUCUUCUUUAUGGAGACAAAAUGGGCAUUCAAAGAAAAAUAACUGGCUGUAUGAUCUAAAAAUAAGAGAAGUCUCUCAAACUGCUGCACUGACAAAGAAAAUGGAUUAAGAACCUGAGACAGAGUGAAAGAAAGAGUCCUGAUAGAUGUCCUGCCAGAGAAAACAGAGUCAUAGAGAUUGUGGACUUUCAUAAGAUGGCAUCUGGAAGGAUUCGUUCCACGCGUCGCCUGCGUUCCUGGAUAGUGGAACAGGUGAACAGUGGGAAGUAUCAUGGCCUAGUGUGGGACAACCCUGAGAAAACCAUGUUUCGUAUCCCAUGGAAACAUGCAGGAAAACAAGAUUUCCGAACUGAGGAGGAUGCAGCUAUUUUCAAGGCUUGGGCAGAGUUUAAAGGGAAGGUUUUGGAGAAUGGAAAUUCAGACCCUGCAUCCUGGAAAACUCGCCUUCGCUGUGCCCUCAACAAAAGUCCAGAGUUUUGUGAGGUCACUGAAAGGUCACAGCUGGAUAUCUCAGAACCUUACAAGGUGUACCGCCUCGUACCACUAGAAGAACAAGGAGUGGUGAAAGUGAAAAAAGAGAAAGGACAAAAGCCAGUGAGGAGCAGCAGAAGGAGACGCAGUGACUCCGAGCAAGACGAGGAGCAGAUUGCAUGCAAAAAGAUCAAAGAGGAGGUUACUGUGCCCCAGUCCAUCAACAUGAGCGCACAGGAAAUCAUCCCACACGCAGGAAGAGAGAUCACACUCCAAGCAGAGCUGGAGACAAACCCCUUGAAGACCGGCAACAGCACUGAAGAUAUCCAGGUAAACUUCACCAUUGAAGCUGUCGAGAAGAGAGUGCUGCAUUCUUUCCACAUAACCGUGCACUACAUUGGUCAGGAGGUUCUGCGGCGAGAAAUAAUGGGUAACGACGUUCGGAUCGCUUACCUGCCUCCCUCACCUGUCCCUCCGUCUCCACCGUCUCUAAACGGCACGGGCUUCCAUCGAAUCCCUCUCCCAGACCCCCCUUCAGACAUGAGCUCCAACCCCAGCCUCGCCCCACGUAUGACCGCUCUUAACAAAUUGCUGACCUUCAUGGAGAGUGGAAUAGUCCUGACCUCGACAGGAGGAGGCAUCUAUGCCAAGCGCUUCUGUCAGGGACGGGUGUUCUGGAGAGGACCACAUAACACCACCACAGGACCCUGUAAAAUGGAGAGAGCAAGCGAGCCCACCCAGCUGUUCAGCAAGGAUAUAUUCAAACAGGAGUUGGACGCUUUCCGCAGUGGAGGAAAGCAACCUCAAAGUGAGAUCACGCUGUGUUUUGGAGAAGAGCUGUAUGAUAGUGAUAACAUCGAUGAUAAACACAUCAUCAUUAAGAUCACUGUCCCCUGGGUUGAGGCGCAGAUAGACGAGGUCAAGACCCUCAGAGACUCUAUUGCAAUUCUCAAAAGUUUGGCCAGCCAGUCUCCUACAGGGGAAGUGACACUAAACAUUGUUGAAGUAUUGCAGCAGUAACAAACCUCUAAGAUAACACUUGCUGCAUUCUUGACGUUAAGGAUCAAAAUGAAGAAAAACUACUAUAUAUGGCAUGACUUGAGACAACUUGUAUAAACACUUUAUUGUAGGUAGUGGAAAUAAAUAUUGUAAUUAUUAGUUGCUUCAAAUGCUUAAAAUGUGUAGCCACAUUGUAGUGAAAUCCACAUAUUUAUAAGUAAUAUAAAACUUCUUUAGUCAAUAUAGCUUUGUUUGUUUCACAGCAAAAUGUGUAAGAACACAAAAUGUUUUGUCAUUUUUACCACAAGUAUGCAUAUACCAUCUGCCCUAGUGGAGUCUGAGUUAAGAUGUUCAAAAUCAUCAAAUGCAUUAAUAAAAAUGUACAUGGUUAACUACGAGUGGAUUGUUAAAUUACCCUGUACAUUUUCAUCCAACGCUAAUGUUUCACUCAAUUUAUCACUUGUUUUAUAAAUAAAUUAAUCAAUAGCA